GCGUUUCGAUUUUUGUCUGUGGUUUGUUAUAGUUCCCAUUUUGCGUUGGUUUUGGUGAAGUGGAAUUGCGCUAAAACAUUUUUAUGUAGUGUUGAAGCAUUAGAAUUAAACAAAAAUGGAGAAAAGAAAGGAAUCUUUAAGUGACAUAAAACUGUGUAGAUUUUGUUUAACUCAGGACUCAUCAUUGACCAGUUUAUAUGAUCGAAGUCGGGACCCCAUAUUGGUGACUCUUCCUUUGAAAAUUAUGGCAUGCGUUUCAAUCGAGGUAUUUCCAUCUGAUAAAAUGCCCUCCUACAUCUGUGAGCGCUGCAGAGUCUUCAUGGACAUUUGCUAUGACUUCAAACAAAUUUGUCGGCGGGCUGAUGAGUCGUGCCUUCAGUUUGUCCAAAAUGGGGUCCCUAUCAGUGCUGUCAAUUGGCCUUCUUCACUUAUGAAGAUAUUUCAACUGACGAAAAGAACAGCGUCUAGGCCAAUUAACACUGUAGUAGAAGGAGGAGCGACAAUCGCAGUUACAACUCAAGAUAUGUUCGAAAAUGAUAAUGAAGAUGAAGAGACCUUCAACAUAAAGAUUGAUUCUGCUCGAGAUGGAUCCAAGCGUAUCAAAGUAACACCUAGUGGAGACAAGGAAAGUGCAUCUGCUAAAAAAGCAGCGGUAAGGAAGGGUGUGAUGGUCCGCGUGCGCCGGCGGUCGAGCGGGCUGGGCACGUGGCCGUGCGACGAGUGCGACAGCAGCUACUCGCUGCACCAGCUGCUCGACAUACACAAGGCCAGGAAGCACCGCGCCAGAAAUGUACAGUGCGAACAGUGCGAUGCUAAAUUUUUCUCCAAAUAUGACUUACUCACACACAAACUACGGCAUUCCAACGAAAUGCCGUUCCAGUGUGUUGCUUGCGAUAAAAAAUUCAAACGGCUUAUUUUGCUUAAAAGACACGAAAAGAUGAUGCAUUCUAAUUUACCGCUACAUUUAUGCGAAAACUGCCCCGCGACAUUCCUGUCCACCGUGGAACUGGAAGCCCACAAAAAGAGGCACGAGGGCUAUGCAAAUCGGCAACAUGUCUGCACAAUAUGUGACAGAAAGUUUCACAAAAGGAACACUCUGGUCCGGCACCAGGACGUCGUGCACGGGAACAAACAAUUCUCUUGCGAGUAUUGCCCCCAGCGAUUUACGUCCGUGUCUAAACUAUCUCGGCACGUGAGGGCCCACGCCGGCGACCGCGCGUACCCGUGCAAAUACUGCAACAAGAGCUUCGUGAAGUCGCAUCAUUAUACCAGGCACCUCCGCUUGAAACACGAGGAGCAAGUGCGUGAAGCGCGCGGCGUCGACGCGGAGUUCCGGUGCGAGCAGUGCACCGAGAGCUUCGGCACCCAGGACGAGCUGUACUACCACUCGGCCAUACACGCCACGCAGAACCUCACCUGCCCGCUCUGCCAGGAGAAGUUCGAGAACGUGGACGCCGUCACCACGCACAUCAGGACCCACGUCAACGGAAUAGAGUUCAUGUGCGACUACUGCGAGCUGGUGUUCACGUCCAAGGAGAAGCUGGACGCGCACAUGAGCGCGGCGCACGACGACGAAGCUUGGCCUGCCAAGGAGAUGGACGAAUCGUCGCUGGAGGCGGACGCGAUGGACGCGGACGUCGACGAUGACGACGACGACAACGGACUCAAUGUUAAAGAGGAAGGCGACCACAUGGUGGUAGAAAUAAAGAAAGCGGAGGGCUAUAUGCUCAAGAAAGAAAUUGAAGUUGGACAAAUCAUUACUACUAACUCGGAAGGCAAGUGUUCAGGUGUGAGUGUGUACACAGACAGCGACGCGGUGGAGGGCGCGGAGGCGCCGCGCGAGCCCGCCCGCCGCCCGCCGCCCGCCACCAAGUCAGAGGCCACCUCCUCGCGCCUGCCCGCCGCCAACGAAAGGAUAAGCAUUUUGCGCAAGGCUGAGGCAAUGAAACGCAAGGCAGUUGAAAAAGAAGACCCUGAUGUCCCCCAGAAGAAAGAGCGGGCCGCGAAGGUCGACAGCACCACCAACAACGCCGGCUCCAGCGACAAGUCUCUCCGCAUGCUGGAGAAGGAAUUACAAGAGUUAAAGAGGACUACUACAAGAGUAGAAGGCAAGUCGGGAAAAGCUGGGGAAGCGAAGAGCAAGCGGCAGCCCGUUCAUACCUCCACGCCAAAACUGAGAUCUGGCGACGAAAAGAAAGCACAAACUACACCCAAGCUUACGACAUCAGUGGAAAAGAAGCCCGUGGAGCGCCGCAUUCCCAACAAGGAGCCCAAGGAGGCCGCCAGGAACGCUGUGACCAGCUCCAAGGAUGAUAAGAAUGUCUCCAGCACCAAGGAGGACAAGCCCGCCGGGGACCGCCCCGACACCCCCAAGGACAACAACAAGAAGAACACCAGGGAAGAUGAUAACCCGCCCGAGAAAAACAAAAUGGCCGACAAGAAUAUACCCGAGAAGGAAGAUAAAAAUGUCAGUAAGGAGGCCAAGGGUAAAGCUACGAAGGAGGACGUACCUAGCUCCAGCAAAAAUGAAGCUAGCUCGAGCACCAAGGCCGAAAAGAGCGCUCCCGCCAAGAACGAAGACAAGACUGUCAAGAACGGCGACACGAGCGGCUCUGAAGACAGCUCAGUACGUCGGUCAACUAGGCCAUCGAAAAUCAAGAACUAUGCCAGCAUGAUCCGUGACAGAACACGAAUGAUUCGAGACGCGGAUGACGAUGAAGAAGAUUCGGAUAUGGAAGACGAAUUCGUUGGACCAGAGCCUGAUGCAACACAGGGUCAGGAGCCGCCCGCGCGCAAGAGCCUGCCGAAGCGGCAGAAGGCGGCGACUCCCGCGCCGGCCGCCGCGAGCACGCCGACCGGCACCCCCGUCGCGCGCCGCCGCGGCCGCCCGCGCAAGGAGCCGACUCCAAAGGAAAGCGGGGAGGACGCAGAAGCAGACACCCCAACGGUGAAGGAACCUGAGAUCAAACCAGAGGAACCCACCAAAGAACCUGAAGUUACGAAUCAAGAGAUUCCUACAGAACCCCAAACCACUCCGGUACAGGCAACGACGCCGCCCGCGAGCACCGAACCGCAGGCGAAUACACUAAUGUCACCCACCGGACAAACAUUGAAAAAAGUGCCUAUAAAAGCCUUACCACCGGGAGUUAAGCCUUUGCCGCUGCCACUGAACGCCAGACCAGGUGACCUGUGUCAAAUGCAAAUUGGAAAGAAAAUGGUGAAGGUGCAGAAGAUCGUUAUGACCAAAGCGGAAGUCGAAGCGAUGGCCAAGAAAGGACUUUUGGAGUUAAAGGACGGGACCAUGGUGCUGAAGCAGGGCAUCAAGCUGCCGGGCGGCGACCCGGCUGUCCUCAGGUCAGGGCUGGUUAGCCAAGGAGCGAUUCGAAAGGUGUCAGCCACUCCAACGCGGUGUAAUUUUGAAGGCGAAGAAGGAUAAUAACUUCUUUAUAAGAUCAAAAUAAUGAAUAAUGUCUUCUUAAGUGUAUCAUCAGCUCUAGCAAAGAAUUACAUGUGUAUCUCGAUGGGAUUCUAAAUAAUGAUUUAUGAAUUAUUUGCAUCUUAUUAGGUUAGGGGCCUAGAUUAUGUUACUUUAUAUAAAUAUUAGUUAAUUUUACGGAAGUAUUUUUGUUUAAAACUACAAGUACAUCUUAGAUUGUGUGAAUCUUAUUUUGAAGAACGUAUUUGAACGAGUGAACGUUUCAUACAUUUAAUUAUGUAUGCUAAAUGUCAAAAUUUAAAUAACAUAAUAAAUAACCGUAGAGAUCUUAUAUACAUGUGGAAGAUUUCUUUAAAAAAAAUUCUAUGCAUCAUCAAGUAAUCUCACAGCUACCUUUUUUAUGACCCUAGACUAUUAUGUUAUGGUUCAAUAUUUAUUGCAUAUUUAGUUCUUUUCGUUUUGCAAUAGUAAUUUGUGGAUGUUCAUCUUGACACUUGGGCAGUUUUUGUGAACGAGGGCCUACCGCGAUUUUUUGUUAUCUGCCUCUCUACCGCGCUAAGAGUGAUAGAGGCAGAUAACGUAUUAUCCUUAUUCGCAGUAGGAUUUCAAUCAUAAUAUAGGUCGAUAUAAUCGGCUAAUUUAAUGAAUAACUUUCAUAAAUAUGUCGAUUAAGUUAAACAGAUCCGAGAUGGGCAUCAUUCGAAUAAACUUUUAUCUGAAUAAUCAUUCGAAUAAACAAUAAUUCAAGAUUUUCUUAUUCGAGUAUGUUUAAUCCGCGGAUAAUUCAUUCGCGAAUAAUUCAUCCGCGGUUGAAUCAUUCGACCACUUUUCAAAUGACGAAUGAUUUAUUCGUUAUUUCAUUCGAAUAAAUCCACGAAAAAUAUUUAAGUCUUUUGGCUUAUUCUAUUCAAUCAAACAACACGAAUAAUAACACGUUUCAUAUGACUUGUUUGUACUGUUUGUUCUGAAGUUAAAGAUUGUUAAGGGUUAAAGGAUAAGCCCGGGUAGUAUAAUAAACAAAGGAUUAGCGUGAACAAUGAAUUACUCAACACACAAAGUUAUAAUAGUAACUUUCUAGCCUGACCUCGAAAGAGAUAGCUAUGUAAUAAAAGAGUGAGAAAGCCAAAUUUUCUUAGCAGUUGUUUGCUUCAGAGCGAAUCUUAAGUAUCGGUAACUAUUUAAGUAGUUGCAGGUUGUUGCAUUGCACAUCACACUUUCUAAACCGUGAAAAGUUACUAAGGUAUUUCAAUAAACAAAUUAUUCGUGGCAAUUCUUUCGACGAAUAAAUUAUUUGCCGAAUAAUUUAAUCGAAUAAGAAUAAUCAUCCGACAUAUUUAUUCGUCAUUCGCGAUAAAUUUUGUUAUUUUUACUCGUCAUUCGAAUGAAAUUUGCCCAUCUCUGAUACAGAUACAUAUACCUUGAUGGUCUCAACAGAAAAUAAGUAAUGUUAAUCAAUUGUUGUCUGUAAUCGAGUAAACUAAGGAUCCAUAUUAAUGCAAGAUACCUAAUAAAAUUAUUUCAAUUACUAUGUGAAACAUGGAAUAUUUUUGUUUUGUACUUUAUAUUGUGUACAUUCAUUUGUUUAGAUAGUAAGGAUGACGAUAAAAUAUUAAAUAAAGGUGCAUGCUGCAACAAUA